CUCGCAUUCUUGGCCUGUCCGUGGAAGAGGAAUAUUGUGUCAAUUAAACACGAUACCCACUGCCAACCAUGGUGGCAUCAGCGCGUGCGCCCUCAUGCCAGCUGCGCGACCUCUCCAAAGCGCGCAUGGCAUCACCUGCGCAGACCGUCUGCGCCGUCUGCUGGCCAGCACUGCAGACUUUAUAGUAAAGAUGCAGACAGGGACACUAAGGACACUGAGCAUCCUGGCAUCACAGUGGUGCGCACCCCGGAUCCCAUCGCGUGGAUCAGGAAUAGGAUUAUAUUGUUUUUAAUUGAAUUGUGUUUUGGCUUGAAGUUCAGUGUGGAGUUUGACAGUGGUGUGAAACAGGCAGCAGUCCAUGUGUCUACUAUGCGCUCCAAAGGCACGUUUGAUGAAUUAAGGAGUGUAAUGUCGAAGGAGGCUGUUGACGGUGUCAGAAAGAAAUAUAAAACUCUGUCAGAGGCCCAACAAAGACAUCUUGCCAUUUCCCUCGAUGACAUUAUAUUUCUGCUGCCUGAGGAUGUGUCCGUAUUCUUUGACCCGAGCGCUGAGUCUGUUCAUUCCUCUUAUGCACAACCUUUUAAAAAAUGUUAAAUA